UCGGUGUCAUUACCCGGACCCCACCCCCCAUUGAUUUCUCCGUCACAUCCAACAACGCCACCAUCAAACCCGCCCUGCAGGCCAGAGUACUUGGUGUCAUUCUGGACUCCAACCUAUCCUUCCAGCCCCAAGUCCACUCUUUAACAAACUCGUGCAGACUCCACCUCCGCAACAUGCAGACUCCACCUCCGCAACAUGCAGACUCCACCUCCGCAACAUGCAGUCCACCUCCGCAACAUGCAGACUCCACCUCCGCAACAUGCAGACUCCACCUCCGCAACAUGCAGACUCCACCUCCGCAACAUGCAGACUCCACCUCCGCAACAUCGCCAAAAUCCGCACGUUCCUAACCCCAGACACCACUAAACAGCUCAUCCACUCCCUCAUCAUAUCACGACUCGACUGCAACUCCCUCCUCACUGGCCUGCCUCGCCGCUGGCUAUCCCCGCUUCAGUCCAUCCUGAAUACGGCUGCCAGACUCAUCCACCUUUCCAACCGCUCUGUCUCCGCCACCCCUCUCUGCCAAUCCCUCCACUGGCCCCCACUCAGUGUCCUCCACCCCCCUCUGCCAAUCCCUCUACUGGCCCCCACUCAGUGUCCUCCACCCCUCUCUGCCAAUCCCUCACUGGCCUCCAUUCAGUGUCCUCCACCCCUCUCUGCCAAUCCCUCCACUGGCCCCCACUCAGUGUCCUCCACCCCCCUCUGCCAAUCCCUCCACUGGCCUCCACUCAGUGUCCUCCACCCCUCUCUGCCAAUCCCUAUGGCCUCCACUCAGUGUCCUCCACCCCUCUCUGCCAAUCCCUCCACUGGCUUCUGAUUGCCCAAC